AAUAUUUUUCUGAUUUGGCAUCACUUAUUUUGCCGGUGUUUCUGCUGUCUGACAUUUCAAGAUGUCUGCUUGGUCUGCUCCAGUGUCUGGAAAUCCACACGUGUUUUUAGAUGUCAAAGUCGGAGAAGAAAAAGUUGGAAGGAUAGUUAUUGAAUUGUUUAAAGAUGUUGUGCCUAAAACAGCAGAAAAUUUCAGAGCUCUUUGUACAGGAGAGAAGGGAAUUGGAAACUCUGGAAAACCCCUGCAUUACAAAGGAGCAACAUUUCAUCGAGUUAUUCGUAGGUUUAUGAUUCAAGGAGGGGAUUUUAUACAUGGAAAUGGCCAGGGCUCAGAAAGUAUCUAUGGUGAUAGUUUUGAGGAUGAAAACUUUGACUUAAUGCAUGAUCAACCAGGAUUAUUAAGUAUGGCUAAUAGUGGCCCUAAUACUAAUGGCUGUCAAUUCUUCAUAACCACUGUACCCACCCCACAUCUUGAUAAUAAGCAUGUUGUUUUUGGUAAAGUGAAGUAUGGUUUGGGUGUUGUAUCAGAAUUAGAAGGUCAAAUCACUGACAAUGAUACUCCGUUAGAGUCUUGUAUAAUAGAGAAUUCUGGAGAAUUUCUGCCUGGUCAAGAUUUUGGUCUGUUUGAAAAUGAUGGAACUGAUGACACAUAUGCAAAUUUUCCUGAAGAUUCUGAUCUGGAUUUCAAUGAUAUUGAUGAAAUACUAUGCAUUGCUGAGAAAAUAAAAUGGGCUGGAAAUAUAUAUUUUAAAAAAGAUGAUUAUUACAGUGCUGUUAGAAAAUACAAAAAAUCUCUGAGGUAUCUAAAUAAACUCCAUGAACUUCAUGAAAAUGUACCAAAUUUAGAUAAAAGGACAAGUCCCAUAGUUGUUCCCUGUAUUUUAAAUAGUGCUGCUUGUAAAUUAAAAUUAAAGCAAUACGAUCGAGCUUUGGAAGAUUGUGAUGAAGCUUUAGAUAUUGACCCUACCAACGCCAAAGCUCUUUAUAGAAGAGGUCAAGCCUUUCAUGCACUGAGUGAUUAUGACCGAAGUUUAACUGAUUUAUUAGCAGCUCGAAAAAUUGCGCCACAUGAUAAAUCUGUUAUGGCUGAAAUAGCAGCUGUUCGAGGGGAGAUGCAAGCCUAUAAAGCUAGAGAACGACAGGUUUACUCCAAAUUAUUUGCAUAAAAGAAAAUGCAGUUAUAGAGAAAUAUUGUAAUUAACUGAUAUCAUCUUCAAAACCUGUGGUAUAUUUGUUUUUACUGUUAUUUCUUGUUUUAUUGUGCAUCUAAGUUUCAUUCAUUUGUGUUAAUAUGAAAGUCAUUCUCAUUAUUAUCAACUAUUUUCAGCAUAUUACGUUGUCUAUUAGCACUGAAGCUUUUAGUUUUAUUUUAAAGAGAAUAAUUUGUAUGUGAAAGUAAGAGUUAAAUGAUAUUUAUCUACUUUAUCAAGAAAAUAUAACCAUCAUUAAACCUUAAUUUUUAAAAUUUAAAAAUGGGAUUUCUAAAGAGAAUAUGGGGCUAAUAUUUGUGUUUUCUUUUUCUAACCCACCAACAGAAAAAAAUGUAUAUAUAGCCAUUUGGAUACAUGACCGAAAAAAUGAGUAAUUGUAAAUUAAUACUUAUGUAUCUCUAAGCUAUAAAAAAAAAUUAAGGUAAAAAUAAAAUUGCUACAAUAUUUCUAAGAUGAAUUUUGAACUCAAAAUUUAUAAAAUCAUUGUAAAUAAAAUACAAUAAAAAUAUCUAUCUGAAGAAGAAAAUAGUUCUUUGUUUUAUAACAUAAAAACAUCAUGUUUGUAAAAAUGAAACUGUUAUAAUUAGUAUAUAAUUAUGACGUGUGCAAUAUGUAUUAAAAAUGUAAAACGUUUUGAAGAUUAAAACUUUUAUCUGCAUAUUUAUGCCAAAAAUUUUAUUGAUAAUAAAUAUCAAAGUUAUGGGGAAAUCAUAAAAUAAACGAAUUAAGUAAUUACCUAGUUAAAAAUUUUCAUACAAUUUACAUAAAUGUUUUAAUUAUAGAUUCAUUUUAUACAAUAUUUUAAAUCUGAGAAUUGUAUUCUUUGUACAAAAUUGGCUCCCACGUUUAAUUCAAUAUCUAUUUCUGGACAGUUGUAUAAAUUUUUAAUUUAUACUAUAAACGUGAAAGUUUUGGGUAAAUCACAAAAAAUAUAAAUAAUUACCUAUUAAAAAAAAUUGAAAGCAAUUAAUAAUGUUUUAACUAUAAAUUUUUUCUAUAAUUGUUAAAUAUCUAUAUUUUUAUGUGUAAAAUAUUUCAAAAUUUCGUUUUAAGAAUUCUACUUUUAGUGAUACGAUAUAAAUGAAUCAAGUAUUGAAUACUAUUUGUUUUCAGAAGUUAUUAGUGUUGGUUUAAAAUUUGUAGAUCUAUUUAUAAUAUAAAGUGUGUAGAUUUAUAUUUGUAUAUUCAAACAUGCACAUUAUAUUUGUGAUAGUGUAGCCAUCAAAAUGUGCAAAAUAACCUCAAAUAUAUGUGUUGUGGUAAUGAACUAUGUAGAA